AUGGCUGAUGAUGGUUUUCAGAGUACAGGUGAUGGAGACACAGUUCGUUGUGACGAUUGUGGACUUGAAGUAUCCAACUGGACGUCAGAUAUGAAUCCAUUUACUAUUCAUUCUCAACAUCGACCUGAUUGUUCAUUCGUUCGUUCUAUACGAACAUCCUCGUCACCAAAUAUAUCCGCUACUUCCAUUUCAUCAACAACUAAUGUUCGAAACCCAUCAGCAUCAGAAACGCAACCUAAUCCAUCUAUAAAUGAAGUACAUGGAACAAUGAACUCUGCUUCAAAAGGAUUCGACAAGAAGAACUACAGUUCUCGACUUCUUGCUGCUAUUCGAAAUCAAAUUCAAUCGACCAGAAAGCAUGGCGUUCACACUGUACCUUAUAUGUCUGCCUGCGGGUUUCAAUAUACAGGGGAUGGAGACACAGUUCGUUGUGAGGAUUGUGAACUCGAAGUAUCCAACUGGACGUUAGAUAUGAAUCCAUUUACUAUUCAUUCUCAACAUCGACCUGAUUGUUCAUUCGUUCGUUCUAUACGAACAUCCUCGUCACCAAAUAUAUCCACUACUUCCAUUUCAUCAACAACUAAUGUUCGAAAGCCAUCAACAUCAGAACCACAAACCAAUCCUUUCAAGCAUCAAGAAAUUAGAAGCAUGCUCUUCCCAUCAAGGUUAAAUACUUUACACGAAACUGAAUUACUUCAGCAGGUACGAAUACGUACAUUUUCUCAUUGGUCACAUCGAACAUCACCACCAAGUGCACAAAUGAUACAAGCUGGGUUUUUUAAUUGCAAUGUUGGUGAUCGAGUCAUAUGCAUUUAUUGUAAUCUUAUGUGUCAACAAUGGACACCCCAUACAGAUGAUCCAUAUGAAGUUCAUAAAACGCUUUCACCUGGUUGUAUAUAUAUUAAAUCAAAAUUAAUGCGUCCUGCAGCUUCAUCGAAAAUUAUUGUCAAUGAAAAUUCAACAGCAAAUACUUCAUAUAUUCGCUCAAAAACAGCAAGUAACCACGGUCCAUCACAAUGGAAUGAUAUCUUGGUGAGAACGUCAUGUAAUCCGACCUAUUUCGAAAUACCAAAACGUCAUGCAUCCUAUGCGACAUGGCCAAGUGGCGAUUUACCACCAGUAAAUGAUUUCGUUAGAGCAGGAUUCUUCUAUACAGGCAAAACAACUAUUGUGACCUGUUUUUAUUGCAAUUGGUCAUUAAGAAACUGGGGUCCAAAUAAUAAUCCAAUGAUUGAACAUGCUCGUUGGCUUCCACAUUGUGCAUAUGCUCGACAAUUAUGCGGUGAAGAAUUAUAUCGUAAAAUUCAAGAAUCUAAACGAGCACAGCAAGAACAUCCAAGAGCCAAAGAAUCACGCGAUGGAACGGGCCUUAAUGAAUUACCAAAUACUAAUACACUACCGCCAACAACAAACAGCCAACAAUUAUUGAUAUCAGAUGAAAGUACUUUAGCGAGACUUGUUGCUGAUCGAUUAGAGUUACCAAUUUCACAACGCUUAUUAAAUCAAAAUUUUAAAUUAUCUGUAAUUAAACAAUGCUGGGAAGAUCAGUUACGACUUAAAAAUGAUGAUUUUGUAUCUGACUGCGAUUUGCACAUGGCUUGUUUAAUUCUUCAGAAACAAAUCGAACAUAUCGACAAUAAAAAAGAGAAUAUUGUGAUACCAAGCAUAAAAAUGAAACAAAUUCGGGAACAAAUUAAGGCUCGUAUGCGCGGACAAACAGCACCAGUAACCCAUCCAGCAGAAACUAGAGGCGAUCAAAAUCAGUCAAUACCAUCUAAUCUAUGUGUGAUAUGUCUGACAGAAGAAAAACGAUUAGCAUGUAUACCUUGUGGACACAUGAUCGCGUGUGUUGCAUGUGGUCAUUCAUUAAGAGCAUGCCCAAUUUGUCAAAAGGCAAUCGAAGCAUUCGUGCGAAUUUAUGUGGCAUGA